UAGCUGAAUUUAUUUUGCAGAAUAUCGUUUUUAAUUAUAUCUAACAGUUCACAAAAAUUAAUUUUAUAUUUUAAAAAAAUUAUAUAAAAAUUGUUUAUCCAUCUUAUCUUAAUAAUUAAUACUUGAUUUUAUUAUAAUACAUGGAAACUGAAAAAGACAUCGAGAUACUUAACAGCUCCGUGCCAAGUGUCAGACCGGAAAAUAUGGAGAAGUUAUGCCAAAUGACAAAAUUUAGCAGGGUCGAAAUAAAACUACUCUACAAAUCCUUCAAACAAUAUUGUCCUUAUGGCAUAAUAGACUCGGACGUCUUCAAAGAAAUUUUCGCUUCCUUCUUUCCUCAUGGCAAUUCACAAUUCUACGCCCAAAAAAUAUUCAGAAGUUUCGACUCUAACGACAAAGGAUUCCUGGACUUCGAAGAAUUUAUAAUAUUGCUGUCCAAAAUUUCUCGAGGCACUUACCGGGACAAAUUAGAUUGGAUUUUUGGAAUGUACGAUUCUAACAAAGAUGGCGUGAUAUGCAAAGCCGAGAUGAUAGAAGUAGUCACUUCCAUAUAUUUGCUAUCGAAUCAAACCGAAGUUCUACAGGAACGGUACCACGUGAUAUUGGAUCACGUUGAAAGGGUUUUCAAGAAGAUGGAUUCUAAUAAAGAUGGGCUCAUUUCCAGAGAAGAAUUCGAGAGUUCCUGUUUAAAGAAUUCCUACAUGAAUCAAAACAUAUCACAAAUGGAGACACUGUAACCCGAACUUAUUUUUUUUAGUUCUAAAGUUAACAGAUGUUUUUGAAAAGCAGCUGAGCUGUGAUCAUUAUUUAAAUAAUUUAUAUAUAUUUUUGUAUAUCGAAUAAAUUAUUAUAG